CCCGACCAGGCCUGUGGUGCAAAAACCACAUGUUUGAACUGCGUACGGUUGGGGAGCUGUUUUGCCACGAUUGUUAGCCAGAGCUUUCGACCUUAUAUGGCAGCAGAAGAGGUCACAGAUAAAUCAGAAAACGCAAUACUUACGCCUCCAUCUUCCGCCAAAUCCAGAAGACGAGUUUCAAAGUUAGCCAUUCGGGUGUUGUGGGAAGUACGCUUGAUUCCCAUGACAUUGCUCUCAAAUCCCCCAGACCCAUACACAGCACUGUACCAGACCUGA